UUCGCGAGAAAACUCCGUUGCGCCGCGUGUCCUGCGCGGCACGUCAGGAUGAUGCACUACAAGAAGGGCAAGAACGUGGAGGAGGAGCUGUCGCAGGAGCAGAUUCCGAUCGAGGUGCUGCCCGAGCGAUUCCUCUGGAUGCACGUGAAGGGUGGUUCGGCGGUGAUGAACCUAAUCGAACACGCGAAGAAAGCCCUGGAAGACGGCACGUACAGGUCGGUUGUGUGGAGCGGUUCGGACGGUGGCGUCGGCAAGACAGUGAGCUGCGCGGAAAUUCUUAAACGACACUUCGAGCUGCACCAGGUGACGCGGAUCUGUUACAGAAAGGUGGAAGAGUUUUGGGAUCCACAAGAGGACGGACUGGAGCAGAUCGUUGCUAAGCGCAACAUUCCCUGCAUGCACAUUCUGAUGUCGCUGGACGAGAUCGAUCCGAAGGUGCCGGGUUAUCAGCAUUCGAAGGCUCAGGGUGGCUUUUGGACCGGCGCUGGCCUUACCGGCGCGACGGAAGGACCUCGAAAGCGCAAUAAGGAGGGUGGUGACAAGAAGAGCAACUACUUCACUGGACCGCAGCUCAAAAAAAAGGCCAACCGCCAUUACGCGAACGGUUCAGGAGGUGGCGAAGGCCCCACAGGCAACGGAGCAAAUCGGCAAGGACCAUUCGGGAAAGGAAAAGGACGCGGUGGAGAUGCUGGUGAGGGUGCGAGCGGUGGUUCACGCAACAAGGCCAAAUCAAAGGAUGGACAUAGGCGGAAAACCGAUGGUGGUGAUGGCGAGGUAAGUGAAAAUGGAGGCAAGAAGGUUGCCGCUGGACGAAGGGAUGGGAGAAAAUUGGAUCAUAACCAAAGCGCAGACUGUUCCGUCGGUGAAGUGAUGGAUACGAAUGAUGGCCCAACGUCACGCAAGGUAACUCCUUCCACGGUGUUGGGAAUCACUGGAAAGGAAGGCCUCAGUGGGAAUCAGAAUUCAGCACAAUGAAAAUAUCGUCCAUUAGAUUGUUUCUUGUGAACGUCGGGG